CUCAAACAUGUGCCACUUUCAGGUCUCCUCACACACUGCUGGUGUGUGUUCCAUUUUUUGUCAUAGGGUGCUGGCAGAUUACGGGCCUCCCAUAGCUGCUGCCAGGCCCCUAAUCUGCCAUGGGCCCCUAUACCGCCUCCUCAUGCUGCUGCCAGGUCCACAGUCUCUUGGGCCUCCUAUAGCUGCUGCCAGGCCCCUAAUCUGCCAUGGGCCCCUAUAUACCGCCCUCCUCAUGCUGCUGCCAGGUCCAGAGUCUCUCAUGGGUCCCUGUACGGCCUCCCAUUGCUGCUGUCUCCAUCGCCACACUCUGCCAUGUGCCACUUUCAGGUCUCCUCAC